AUGGCUGAGCGCAGAAAAUACCUGGCGAGCCGGCAAGACCACCUGCGCCGGGCGGUCGUGUGCGAGCCGCGCGGGCACGAGGCGGUGGUCGGUGCACUGCUGACCCCGGCGGUAGAAGACUCCUCGACCGCCGGGGUGAUCUUCUUCAACAAUGCCGGCACCCUCGGCAUGUGCGGCCACGGCCUGAUCGGCCUGGUCCGCAGCCUGCAACACCGCGGGCAACUCACAGGUACCGAAGUGCGGCUCGAUACCCCGGUGGGAACGGUCAGCGCCCGGCUGGGCAAGGGCGGCGCGAUCGAGUUUGAGAACGUUCCCGCCUCUUGCACAGCGCUCGACGUCGAGAUCGAGGUCGAAGGGCUGGGCCUGGUCCGCGGCGAUGUCGCCUGGGGCGGCAAUGGCUUCUUCCUCACCCAGCUGCCCGGCGAGCCGCUCGAGCUGGCCAAUCUCGAUCGCCUGCUCGACCUCAGCAAGAAGAUCCUGCGCGCUGCCCGCGCUCUCGAGCUGCCCGAACACCGCGUUCUUGAAAACCACAGCACGGUCGACCACGUCGAGCUCUUCGGUCCAGCGGCCGGCAAUGCUGACAGUCGCAACUUCGUGCUCUGCCCCGGCGGCGAAUACGAUCGCUCGCCGUGCGGUACCGGAACCUCGGCCAAGCUGGCGGUGCUGCACACCCGCGGUGAGCUGGCCAUCGGCCAGCGCUGGCGCCAGGAGAGCAUCACCGGUGGUCGCUUCACCGGCUGGUUGGAGGAGCGCGGCGAGCAGUUGAUACCGGUGAUUCGCGGUCGCGCCUGGAUCACCGGGCAGACGACGUUGCACUUUGCCGACGACGACCCGCUGCGCGGAGGCUUCAGCCCGCGGUGA